UCAAAAUCUUCUUGUGUGAACUUUUUUGUGGAAGACGAAUGGCUAGCGACCAGGAUCAGUUCAGGCUAGUAUCCCCAGCCAUAAACCAGGAAGGCAGGUUGCCGAGAAAAUACACAGACGAAGGUCAAGGCGCAAAGCGCAACCUUUCUCCGCCGCUGGAAUGGUACAAUGUGCCCGAAGGUACUCGGACGCUCGCCCUGGUGGUGGAGGACAAAGAUGCGCCCGACCCCAGCGGCCCCAUCGUGCCGUGGACCUGUUGGGUAGUGAUUAACAUUCCGCCGACGUUGAAGGGUCUACCGGAGGGAUUCUCGGGGAAGGAAGAGGAGGUGGGUGGUGAUUAUGCUAACAUCAAAGAAGGCAACAAUGAUUAUAAGGUUCCGGGGUGGCGAGGACCUAAGUUGCCGUCUCACGGCCACCGGUUCCUCUUCAGGCUGUUUGCUUUGGAUGACGAAUUGAAUGUGGGCAACAAAGUGACCAAGGAGAAGGUGCUUGAAGCUGUCGAAGGACAAGUGGUGGCGGAAGCUGAAUUGAUGACCAAGUUUUAAGUGAAGGCUGUUUGCGUUUGUAUUUUUAGUGCUUUGUGUGCUUCUUUGAAAGACGUCUGAACAUCAAUUAAUCGACAGUUUAUGAACUUUGGCUUUUCA